AUGAUCGAAGUCGACUCUGGCUUUGCGCCGAUGAUCUGGCAGCAGUGUGUGGGCACUGUGACAGUCAUGCGUAAGGACUGCCAGCCGCUCACCCCCGAAAUGAUUGAGAAGAUCGGGAUGUAUCAUGAUGACCUGCUCGACAAUUUCAGCGACCACGACUUCAAUCCUCGAAGGGAUAUCACGUCAGCUGGAUUCCGCGGGUUCUGUGAAGACUACGAGCAGAGAAUGGCUGGCACAGACUCGAAAGAAGAAGAUUGGUAG